AUGUUGUGGACUCGUCCGCGGUCGCUAGGCUCGGGCAGUUUCGGAACAGUGUACAAGGCGCACUGGCACGGGCCCGUCGCGGUCAAGACGCUAAAUGUAAAAACACCAACUCCCGCGCAAUUACAAGCGUUUAAAAACGAGGUGGCAGUGCUGCGCAAGACGCGGCACUGCAACAUCCUGCUGUUCAUGGGCUGCGUGUCGAAGCCGUCGCUCGCCAUCGUGACGCAGUGGUGCGAGGGCUCCUCGCUGUACCAGCACCUGCACGUGCUGGAGACGCCGCUGGCCAUGCUCUACCUCAUCGACAUCGCGCGCCAGACCGCGCAGGGCAUGGACUACCUGCACGCCAAGAACAUCAUCCACCGCGACCUCAAGUCGAACAACAUCUUCCUGCGCGACGACUGGUCCGUCAAGAUCGGCGACUUCGGGCUGGCCACCGCCAAGGUGCGCUGGGCGGACGCGUCCGGCGGCGGCGGCCAGUGGCAGCAGCCCACCGGCUCCAUCCUGUGGAUGGCGCCCGAGGUGAUCCGCAUGGACGAGCCGGCGCCCUACACGUUCCGCUCCGACGUGUACUCGUUCGGCGUGGUGCUGUUCGAGCUGCUGGCGGGCGAGCUGCCGUACGCGCACCUCAACAACAAGGACCAGAUCCUGUGGAUGGUGGGGCGCGGGCUGCUGCGGCCCGACGCGCGCAAGGUGCGCGGCGACGCGCCGCGCGCGCUGCGCCGCCUGUUCGACGAGUGCGUGCACUUCGCGCGCGAGCGCCGCCCGCAGUUCCGCCAGAUCCUGGCCGCGCUCGAGGCCAUGCUGCGCGCGCUGCCCAAGAUCACGCGCAGCGCCAGCGAGCCGCUGCUGGGCCCGCGCCUGCACGCCUCCGACGACUGCCUCGCCUACACCUGCGCCUCGCCCAAGACACCCGUCAACUUCCACUUCGACGCCGACACCAGCUUCCCGGCCUUCUACGGAAUCCCAGUUCCAAACCAGAGACAUACGUAGAACCGGUUGAACCCUGAUCUCACCCAUCCACGCUGCGCCAGCUCGCACCCGCGCUUCACCCACACGAUCGGUACGCAAGUGGACUCGCUUAGAUGCCAACGUUGACAACGAAGCUUACAUGAAAUGUGACUUUGGCGAAUGAGAAAAAUGACAAAUAUGUGCUGGUCUGCAAUCGAUGAAAUGUCAUGUGAUUCAUUUUCUUGCUGCAUGGAAUUAAAAAAUAAAAUGUCACUUUUGUUUAAUAAAUCGCAUAUUCAAUCCACAUGCCUUCUGUGAGUUAUUAUGAGAACUUCAAAUAAAUAAUGGCUUAACGCGUAAAAUGUGUAAAAAUUAUGAAAUUUUGAAGUAAGCAUUUUAAAAUGUUGUCCGUCAGUCUGAGUUAUUGAUAGAUAUGUCAUAUGAUGUAAAUAAUUUUAACGUAAUCUUGUAAAUUUAAUGUGAAUUUAUUGUAAAUCGUUUAUUUAUUGCAACGUUUAGAGCGUAAAGUUAAUUUUAAAAGACGUAAGAUGGAUUCUAUUGCGGAGUGAUAUAGUGUAAUGUUGUGGACUCGUCCGCGGUCGCUAGGUACGCCGCUCUGUACAGCUGAUUGUCGCAUAAUAUUCAAGUAUUAUUUAUGUAAAUUAGGAAUGUAUUGUAAUUUAUUGUUAUUGUAA